UGGCCGGAUUUUAUAGGCACAGGCAUGUGCUUGUCGAUGGUGAUCGCCUGACGGUUGUUCGUGAAUAAGGACAAUUUUUGUGUCACGAUCAGGCAAGAUGACGAGAAUUACCGAGACAUUGAUUCGCAAGCGAGCAGAACACAAUGAACUGGAGAUAUCAACCCUAGAGGAGGUCUCGCUUCAUCAGCAGGAUAUAGAAAAAAUUGAGCACAUUGACAGAUGGUGUAGAGACUUAAAGAUUUUGUACCUGCAGAGCAAUUUAAUUCCAACAAUAGAAAACGUGAGCAAGUUAAAAAAACUGGAAUACCUUAAUCUUGCUUUAAACAAUGUUGAAAAAAUUGAAAAUUUAGAAGGAUGUGAAUCUCUCAAGAAGUUGGAUCUAACAGUAAACUUUGUUGGUGAGCUGACAAGUAUUGAGAGUCUUAAGGAAAACUACAAUCUCAGGGAACUGUUCCUCACCGGCAACCCCUGCAAUGAGUUUGAAGGCUACAGAGAUUUUGUGAUUGCCACAUUGCCACAACUGAAGUGGCUGGAUGGGACAGAGAUUGAUAAGUCAGAGAGAAUAAAAGCUGUACAGGAGUUGAAUGCCAUCAGACCCAAGAUCUUGGACCAAGAAAAACAGCAUAGGAAGAAAAGGAAGGUUGGAAGCCCACUUCCUUCAGCAUCAAGUGGCAGGGCAGUGGUGCGUCGAAGACAAGUCACUCCACAUAAACAUUCUGGAGUUCAAGGCAGUAUUACUGGCGAUUCAGCACUGGCGGCUCUACUCAAGAUGUCUCACCUGCUGAUACAGUCCGACAACUUCGGCGGUAGUGUGGUACAUCAAUCACCUAGAAGUCGGCCGGGCUCAGCAGCACUCCUACAGUGGGCGUUUCGUUUCUAUCUUCUGAUAGAUUCUCUCAACAUCGUCGCCAAGAGCCAGGCACAUUCCGGAACAAAGAGCGUGAUUGCCGGCGGCUCUGUCUCGUUCAGUCGCCGUAAGCCCACAGAAGACAAGAAUGAAGGCAACCAUGAAGGAGAAGAUUUUAACCUUGAUGCUGAGAAAGAGUUUUGGGAUGAGAAAGUUCCGUUCACACCCGAGUCACGGCGAGAAGUCCAUGAUCACAUGCAGGAAACCAAGAGGAGGGACGAGGAAAAAAAUAAGAUAGAAGAAAAAACACCUCGAGCUCUGUUCGCUCCUGAUGGUCGCCCCUAUAAUGUCAAUGAACCAGGCGUGGAUUUCACGUUAACAGACGAUGAAGAAGGAAACAUGAUGGUGCUUGAUGUAGCCUGCUUCAAACACAUGGACACCUCCCUCCUGGACUGUGAUGUGCAGACCAACUAUGUCCGAGUCUUGAUGAAAGGAAAGAUCUUACAGUUGUGCCUUAGUGAGGAUGUGAACCCAGACUCUAGCAUUGCCCAGCGGUCACAGAUUACUGGCCACCUCGUAGUCAAAAUGCCAAAGACCAAACAAAUCAUCACAGCCAACAAACCCAAGAGGACAAGUAAUAAGGAAAAUUGUCCUGAUUCACAACUAGAAGACAAAAAACAACAAUCAGGUCCCGUUCUACUAGAGGUGGAUGAGACUGCCAGGAAGUGUGUUGAUAUCGGGAACAUUGUGAAGGACAAGCCAGAGAAAACAGUUCCUCCCCUAGGCUACAGUAACAGGAGGGACAUUCCGGUGCCGCCAAACUCGGAUGACUUUGUUGAUAACCCUGAUGUUCCACCUCUGGUGUAAACAUUUCAGAAGGAAUAAAGGGCUGCAUUUGCUCAAUUCACAUGGCAGAGAUGCUUAUUUUGGCAUUUUAGAAACCCAUGCUCAUUGGUUCAAAUUGUGCAUUUGACCUGAUUAUCUUUCCUGGCACCAUACUCUUGCUGUGGGUUUAAACAUGUCAGGCCUGCAUUAAGCUGUCAGGCCCAGUGUGACUGAAAUACUGAUCAAAGGGUUACAAUCGCGAUCCGGGUAGUGGGGUAGCCUAGUGGUUAAGGUGUCCCCUCAUUGGCACAUAAUGUGAGGCCCAUUUCUGGUGUCCCCGGCCGCGUGAUAUUGCUGGAAUAUUGCUAAAAGCGGUGUAAAACUAAACUCACUAACUCACUGAAGCAAACCCACACACACACUCCUCUGGAGAAAUGAGAAUGCAAUUGUCUUUGGAGAACCACAUAAUGUUCCAUAUUCAAUCCUCAUGCUGUUGAUCACUGGAUUGUCUGGACCAAACUCAAUUAUUUACAGAUCGCCGCCAUGUAGCUAGAAUAUUGCUGAGUGCAGCGUUAAACAACCAACCAACCAACCAACCAACCAGCCGUAUUCAAUCAGGGCUUGAUUUAAGCAUUUAGACCUUGCGCUGGUGCAACCUGAAACUGCAAGAAGCAGCCUUAUCUUUAUGCCAACUUACGCCCUGUGCACGUUAAUAUUCUGUUGUUCAUAGAACAGACUUCAGCUGGGAAACCGUAUGAUGAGGAAGUGGCUUGGAGCAGUGACUCUGAUGGCUACAGGGACCGUGAUUGAAUGACUGUUACUGUUCAUGUCAUUAAACUUUAUGAAGUAAGAUCAGUCAUAUUCAGUAGAAUACUUUUGUUAUUAUGUCCUAAGUCAUCAUUUCCUAAAGUCAAGCAAUACAUAUACAUAUUGUUGGAUAGUAGGUUUUCAGACAGCAGUAUUUACUCGCCCUAUAAUGAUGCAGGUUACCUCACAAAGACAUCGUAAAUAUUUGUGUUUAAGAUAAAGUUGUCUUUAAUAAGUUAGUGA